CAGUCCUCCUGCUCCAAUUCGCAAAUAAGGGAAGAGGGGCACUGAGCAAAUCCCCUCUUAAAAAGACCCCGCUAGUCUAUUGAGAUUAAUAGAUAGCUGCCCGGUAAUUAUCGUACAUGUUCUGGAGAUCAGUUUGUCAUUCUCACUUCUGAGUUUCAUUUUUCUUCUUCGUCUCCUUUCCAAAGAAGGACUCUCCAAGUUACUUUUCCUUUCAAGCGCGCACACGUAGUUCACUUGACACAAUUCAGCAAAGAUGGCUCAACAAACCACCCUUGAGGAGUUCAACUCCGUUUACCCCAAGCUUGAGGAGGCUCUUCUCGACCAUGCCCGCUCCUACAAGCUGCCUCAAGAGCAGCUCGACUGGUACAAAAGAUCUCUCGAAGUCAACCCUCUCGGUGGAAAAUGCAACCGCGGCAUGUCCGUCCCCGACUCGGUCUCCCUCCUCCUCGAGAAGCCUCUUACCGAAGAGCAGUACUUCCAAGCUGCUACGCUUGGCUGGAUGACAGAGCUCCUUCAGGCCUUCUUUCUCGUCUCCGACGACAUCAUGGAUUCGAGCAUUACCCGCCGUGGCCAGCCCUGUUGGUAUCGUCAGGAGGGUGUUGGCAUGAUAGCUAUCAACGACGCUUUCAUGCUUGAAUCCGCCAUUUACACACUUCUCAAGAAGUACUUCCGCUCUCACCCCGCCUACGUCGAUCUUAUCGAGCUUUUCCACGAGACCACCUUUCAGACCGAGCUCGGCCAGCUGUGCGACCUCCUCACCGCUCCUGAAGACAAUGUCAACCUCGACAACUUCUCUCUUGAGAAGUAUAGUUUCAUCGUCAUUUAUAAGACCGCCUAUUACUCAUUCUACCUUCCCGUCGCCCUCGCCCUUCACCAGCUCAACCUCGCCACUCCCAGCAAUCUCAAGCAAGCUGAGGAUAUCCUCAUUCCUCUCGGGGAGUACUUCCAAAUUCAAGAUGAUUAUCUUGACAACUUCGGCAAGCCUGAGCAUAUAGGCAAGAUCGGCACUGACAUCAAAGAUAACAAGUGCUCUUGGCUCGUCAACCAGGCCCUAGCCGUAGCAACCCCUGAGCAGCGAAAGAUUCUUGAGGAAAACUAUGGCCGUAAGGACGAUGACAAGGAGAAGGUCGUCAAAAAGCUUUACGAUGACCUCAAUCUCGAGCAGCGUUAUCUUGACUAUGAGGAAAAGGUUGUCGGCCAGAUUCGUGAGCGCAUUGCUAACAUCGAUGAGAACGAUGGUCUCAAGAAAACUGUUUUCGAGGCCUUCCUUGCCAAGAUCUACAAGCGCAGCAAGUAAAUUAAAAGCUCUGAAUUGAAUCAUAUCCAUACAUUGGUGCAAAAGAAAGGGUACGAUAGACGACCAAAUUCCAAAGGUUGCUUCCAAUUCGAAAGUGGCAGAUGUGUCACCUCCGUAUAGACCAGCGGCCCGUACGAUGAACCCAGUAAUCAGAUUAAGAAGAUAUGAAGAAGAAAGCUGAUAUCAUAAACGUAUGGUGAACCCACUCUUCAAGGUAAGGAUGGAACCCGCCAUCUUGUACCAAUAUGAGCUUCUGCUCUUGGAUAUAUAGAAGAUCAAGAAACAAGGCAUGCAAAACAAAAACUCUGGG